UUCAGCCUCAUCGAUAUGCUGCUCAACGACCGCUGUCUGCGCGGCCUGCUGGGGCAAUGCUUCCCGAUGCCCGCCCAGCCUAGUCGGUAUCUAAAAGGGAUUUGUAUGCUGCUCUGCUUCGCUAGUAUCAUGACGACGACCAUGUACGAGGCCUAUUUGCAGGCGUACUUUACGCAUCCUCCGCACGAGAUGAUGCUGCGCAGCUUCGAGGAUAUUCUCAACUCUCGCUACAAAAUCGCUGUGGAACGGGGCGAAGCGGUUAAUUCUCUGCUUCGGAACUUUAGUUUGACCACAACCAAUGCCCAUCACGCUCUCGUCUUGGACGAUUGGCAGGAGUUUAUUCGAUUACGGGAAGCGUUCAAUGACAGCUUCAUUUAUCCGGUCACCGAGGUGCGUUGGUUCUCCUUAAAAGAGCAGCAAAAGUAUUUCAGUGAGCCCGUCUUCUACUACUCAGAGGACGUUUGCCUGAAGCACUUCCUGUUGCUAUCCUUGCCCCUUCGUCGUCAUCUACCCUAUCGCCAGCUCUUCGAACGGCACAUUUUGGCCAUGCAAGAGUUUGGAAUUUCGAAGUUGUGGAUGGCGAACAGCUUCAAUGAGAUGGCUCGCCUAAAAGUGGCUUCACGGAAGGAUUUCAGUCACCCCGAUGAGAUUGAGGAUCAGGUAUAUGUCAGAGAUAUAACCAACAUUCUUAUAUUCUACUUAGCGGCUCAGCUAUUAGCCUGCAUUUGCUUUGUCCUCGAGCUGUGCUGGGCGAGGAUUUUUG